AUGAUAAUGUAAAAUUAAAUUAUUUUGAUAAUGAAAAAGUUGAAAAGGUAUUUAAAGCUAAAAUCUUCUGUUUGGUUUCUCGUCCGGCGAUUCAGCCGGUGAGCUCAUACAGAGAUGGGUCUCCGCCGAUUCCUCGUGAAAGCUUCAGAAAUCCGAAACAGAAAGAGAUUGUGGCCCAUUUCCACUCGUUCUUUCUCUAACAUCUCCUCCCAAAUCCAAUCAACUCCAGCUUCGUUCGGUAUUGCCUUCGACAUAGACGGUGUCAUUCUACGCGGUGAAACUCCUAUUGGAGGCUCUCCUCAAGCUCUUAAACGAUUAUACAACAACUCUGGUGCUUUGAAAAUUCCUUAUAUAUUUUUGACCAAUGGAGGUGGUUUUAGUGAAUCAAAGAGAGCCCUUGAGCUAAGUAAACUCUUGGGUGUUCAUAUUUCACCUUCACAGGUUGUACAAGGUCAUUCACCUUUCAAACAGUUGGUAGAUAGAUUUGAAAAUGAACUCGUUGUCGCUGUGGGGAAAGGCGAACCUGCUACAGUGAUGUCUGAAUAUGGAUACAAAAAUGUUCUUUCGAUUGAUGACUACGCAUCAUUCUUUGAGAACAUUGACCCAUUGUUACCAUACAAAAAAUGGAACACCAAGCAGACUGACUAUCAAAAUAGCAAUUUCAAGGAUACUGCCCUAAAAAAUGAUGUGUGCUCACAGAGAGUCCAGGCAGUUUUUAUAGUUAGUGACUCUGUUGACUGGAGUAGAGACAUUCAGGUUCUCUGUGACAUUUUAAGAACUGGAGGUCUUCCUGGUCGUGAAAUUGGACACCAACCAGAAUUGUUUUUUGCAAGUGAUGACCUGACUUACCAGGCUGCUUUUCCUGCUGAACGUCUUGGUAUGGGAGCUUUCAGAAUCGCACUGGAAUCUGUCUUCAAUAAAAUUCACCCAAAGGCUCUAAAGUAUACAGCUUAUGGUAAACCAAAUCCCUUUGUAUUCAACACUGCAGAAGUUUUACUUAGGCAAUUAGCGCAAUCUCUUCAUCAUAAUGUUCACAACGCCACCAAUCAUGCAAAUGUUGGAAAUCACCAUCUCAAAACGUUGUACAUGAUCGGGGAUAAUCCUUCAGUCGACAUCCAUGGUGCACGACAGGCAGGACAUCCUUGGUUUUCUAUUUUAACAAGGACUGGAGUUUUUAGAGGACGGGAAAAUCACCCGAAGUUUCAAGCUGAUCUGGUUGUGGACACUGUGGAAGAAGCCGUUGACUAUAUUUUGCGAAAGGAGUCUUGAGAUUCUAUAAGUAUAUUUUUCUCUCCCUCAAAUUUUAAAUAAUGUGGGAUGAAAUCUUUGUCAUAAUUAAUGAAAGGGGAAUGAAAACCCAGUGGCUUAAUUUAUUUGGUUCUCAAUCAUAUUUUCAUCGAAAUUUAAUUGGUCGAAGUUCACGUAUUAUAACAAUUUAUUUAUUUAUUUUGGGACUAAAGAUCUACUCUAGGGGUUCAAAGCAUAUGGAACAAAAUUGACCUUUUACUCGUGUUAAUAAGAAGAGUUUAUUUGUAUACCUUA